AUGGCCGACGUGGAAAUGGAUGUCGACGUCGACGCGGCGUCUCCCCCGCCCCCCGCGCGCAACGAGUCCGACAUGCAGACCCAUGCCAAAGCCACAGCCGUCCGCUCCAUCGAGGGCUGGAUCAUUGUCGUCACCAACGUCCACGAGGAGGCCGACGAGGAGUCUCUGCAGGAUAUUUUUGGAGAGUACGGCGAGAUCAAGAACAUGCACUUGAACCUGGAUCGACGAAGCGGUUACGUCAAGGGAUACGCGCUGAUCGAGUACACGACCCUUGAGGAGGCCCGCGCGGCCAUUGACGGCGCGCACGAGACAAAGCUCCUCGAGCAGACCAUCCAGGUGGACUUUGCAUUCGUCCGACCCCCGCCUGGUAAGCCAGGACGCGGACGGGGCGCGGGCGGUAGGAGGACAGGCCGGAGCAGGAGUCGAAGUCCCGAGGGCAAGGAGCGCGAGGAACGCGACUGA